UUUCACAAACAGAAACCCUGAGGCUCACGGCUCUCCUGCCCGCAUUGUCCGGGAGAUGACGGGCUUCUGGGUCUGCCACCGUGCUCUCUGCAGGCCUCUGAGUUGCCUAUGCUGGGUGGGAGCAGGGGACACUGCGUUCUCUGGGCUCAAACAGAAGGUCCUGGCCGCCAGACCCAGGCGUCCUGCACCGGCUCUGGAGCCUGGGGCCAUCGCUCUGGGGUAAAUAGGAGGCAGUGCACAGCCGUUUACACAGAAGGUGGCUCCUGCAGCUGCGCAGGCUCCUGCACGUGCAAAGCCUGCAGAUGCACCUCCUGCAAGAAGAGCUGCUGCUCCUGCUGCCCUGUGGGUUGUGCCAAGUGUGCCAAGGGCUGCGUCUGCAAAGGGGCAUCAGAUAAGUGUAGCUGCUGUGCCUGAUGUCGGGGAGCACCUGCCCCAAGAUGAAAAUGGAGGAAUGUGGGCCAACCUGCGUUUUUACAUGACCCUGACUCGAUUGCUACAUUCCCUUCCUAUGAAAUAUGUGAAUGAUAAUAAAAGUUGCUGACACUA